AUGAGUUCACCAGAGGAUAAUAUAGACGAGGAUGAUAAUUCCUACGAAUCCUCCUAUUAUGACUCAUCAGAUGAGGAUUCAUUCGACGAAUCGAAAGUUGGAAUCGCACUAGAGCUCCCAAAAAGAGAAAACAGAGGAAAAAAAUACACCCAGCUUGUAGGCGAAGAACUCGAAAAAGAUCAGCAGUUUUGGGGUCAUUCUACAUGGCAAGAAGACGAAGUAGACGAUGAUUACAAUUGCAGUGAAGGAGAAGAACAGUAUGCCUACUCUACAGAUUCAGAUUUCGAUGACCCUGAAGAUGAGGAAAACGAAGAAGUUGAUGAAUUUCAGUACAAGGAACCGAAAAAGAAAAAGUUUGGUGCAUAUGUUGACCCAAUGAUGUUGGCUAGUAAGAAAACUAUACAGGCCUUGUCAAGAAAAAAGGCCUCUGAUACCAGCCCAUCCAAAAAGCAAACGACUCAACACUAUAAACCUACACUAAGUCCUGAAGAUUUUAAGAGAGAGAGGCGUGAAACUACAAAACAAAAAACUGAAGCAAUUCGUGAGUUGGAGGAGUUUAGAAAAAUAAAAAAUAAAAAGGUUUCCUCUAGGGGUAGACCAAAGUCUAGACCUCGUUUACCUAAAGUAUACACACAGGAAGAACUAAUUGAACAAGCGAAAAGAACAGAGGAAUCCAAUAGGAAAUCACUAAAAAGCCUACAAGCAUGGGAAGAUGAAAGAAAGAAAUAUACAGAAACAAAGAGAUCAACAUAUAAAGGUCAUUACGACAUUUGGAUUAGCUGGAACUCUCUACUAUCAGUAGUGAAUCCAAAUAAACUGGACGAAGAAGGUAACCCGGUGGAAGCAAUCUCACCACAAGUGGAAGAAAAACCGCUAGAACUUUAUAUGUUUACUACGGGAAAGCUACCAGAUUAUUAUGAAAAAGCGAUGGCCGAUAAGAUAGCCUUAGAUAACCUUGAAAAGCCAAAGUGCGCCAUCACAGGACAGGAAGCAAAGUAUUUCGACCCCUUGACGAAAAAAUACUAUAGCUCAGUAGAAGCCUUCAAGAUGCUUCGUGUACAAUAUGAUGAAAAGAAAUCGGGCAUUUCAGAACCCAAAUUUGAUAACUUUAAUGAUGUAACACCAAACUAUGUUAAAUGUGAGGAUUAA